AUGACAUCCUCUGAACGAGUCACCGAAUCUAAAAAGGUCUGGACAACCCUCAUAACCAACACCGCCUACCUCUCGGGUCUCCUAACCCUCGACUACUCCCUCAAAAAGCAAUCAUCCAAAUAUCCCCUCGUAGCCCUCUACACCGAUGCCUUCCCACCCGAAGGACACGCCGCUCUCGAAGCCCGCGGGAUACCCAAACAGCGCAUCGAAUAUCUCCUCCCCAAAAACGGAGGCAAAGAUUACUCCAACGAUCCCCGUUUCUACGAUUGCUGGUCUAAACUCGCGCCGUUUAGUCUGAUCGAAUAUGAACGCGUGGUGCAGCUCGAUAGCGAUAUGUUGGUUCUGCAUAAUAUGGAUGAGUUGAUGGAGAUGGAUCUUGAUGCGCCGGAGGUAGGGGGGAAGGGCGAGAGGGUUUUUGCGGCGGGUCAUGCGUGUGUUUGUAAUCCGUUGAAGAAAAAACAUUAUCCGGCUGAUUGGAUCCCCCAAAACUGCGCAUUCACCUCGCAGCACAAUACCCCCGACAUAGCGCAAACCACAGGACCACCCCCCUCCACCUCCCCCCUCGGCUUCAUGAACGGCGGACUCCAAGUCGUCAACCCUUCUUCGGGGGUCUACAACGCCAUCCUCGACCAUCUCUCCUCAGACGCAGCCAUCAACAUGGAUUUUGCAGAUCAAUCGCUCCUCUCCGACUUAUUCAAAGAUCGAUGGGUCCCAUUGCCGUAUAUCUAUAAUGCGCUCAAGACGUUGAAGUGGGAGGGGGUUCAUCCGCAAAUUUGGAGAGAUGAGAAGGUUAAGAAUAUUCAUUAUAUUUUGGCGCCGAAACCUUGGGAUGAGUUGGAUGGGGAGGGGAAUUGGACGGGAAAGGAUGAGACGCAUAGGUGGUGGGUGGAGCAUAAUCAGGAGAGGUUGAGGGGGGAGAGGGAGAGGGGGGUGAAGGUGGAUGGGUUUUAG